AUGCUGCACGCGGCUGUGAAACCUAGUCUUCCAGCGUCAGGCGUCACACAUUCUCUUGUCGGGCAAUUUUCUGCCGGGCUUCCGGCAGGGGUGAGAGAGUUGAUUCUGUUCAAGAAGAAUAAACUUGAGCUUUGGCGGAUUUCAUGUGGCGAGGAGUGGGUGUCCUCCCUUUCUUAUGUCGCCAGCACACAGCUGAACGCACCACCGGUCUCCGUUGCCAUCUGCCGGCCUCCUGGGUUUGCUGUUGACGUUGUCGCCAUGUGCCUUGAUGAUUUUCAUGUGUCAUUUGUUCAGUACGACCCAGUUCGUAUGCGUCUUUCCACGUUGGCACUCGUUCAGUUGGACGACCGGGAGGUAGUGAAUGAUGUGAUGCCAUUGGAACCCAUCAUGCGUGCGGAUCCAACAGGUCGCUUUGUUGCAGUGUUGGCACGCCGUCGUCAUAUGUUUUUGAUUCCCUUGUUGGGUCUUACUCGGCCCGAAAAUGGUGAUUGCGUCACCGGAAUUCAUUUUGAGGCUGAAAAUAACACAAAACUGAAGGAGGCCAUGGCACCUGUAGAUGAUUGGGGUGAUGAGGACGACUACAAGGGACUUGCUGAGGAAACGGAUCCAUCCAUUCCGCCCGAGAAGGAGACGACGGUCCAUAUAGAGCCUGAGAAACACGAUUCGAGGGUUGUAGAUGUCUUUGAUGGACUACUGCACAUUGGUCACCUCUCCAUGUUUUCCGUCUCACUAGCAGUAAAUGGUGUCAUUCGCUAUGUUCGGGACAUGCAAUUUAUUGACUCUUCAGGAGAACCCAUUGUUGCCUUUUUGUGCGAACGGCACCCUACAUGGGCGGGUCGUGUGAAAUUGGUGGAAUGGCGCACUAAGGCGGUUGAAUCUAAAAUGUUAUCAUCCCAAAUUGUUUGGGUACAAAUAUCGGCUGCAUCCACGUCCAACCGAAAAUUACUCCUCAUUGGCGAGGUCGACGAUGUGCCAUACAACGUGACACACAUGACUCCCGUCGGGCCGUUUGCACAGAUUCCCUCCGGUGUCAUUUGCUACGGCAUCAACACUGUGAUGCACGUCACAACAAAGAGAGGGUAUGGAGUCUAUUUGAACAACGGCGGAAUGGAGGAGUGUGCAAACAGCAAGUCAUCCGCCAUGUCGUAUGGAAAGGUGGGUUGGUGCGAUCCGAAGAUGGAAGCCUCGACGGCUCUUUUCAUGGUGAAUCUCUCCUUGGCAAACUGUACUGCGUCCUUCAUGAGCAUUGUAAACGAGAUGCUUCACUUACUUGUCGUAUCGGAGGAAGAUGGAGUGGUGCUAACACUUUCCAUCACGGCACAGAGCUCAUCCGUUCAAGGCAUUCGUAUCGCCAUCCUCGGUACCGGCUGCUACUGUUCAGGCAUUGCCCGUAUUGGAGAUCAAAUUGUGUUUUUGGGUUCCGCCUGCGGCGACUCAUGCAUUGCCAAAGUUGACAUGUUCCACAGCGAUGCUGCCAAACGAUUUCAAAUUAUAGAA